AUGUUGGGCCUUCUCCCAAAAUCUUCUCUCAGGACGGCCAUCUCCAGGUCGCUCCACACUAGCCCUGCUCGCCUUGCAGAGGGAAAGACCAAAGUACCCGUGUCCCUCAUCGCGGCUCUCCGAAAAUCUCACCCUGUCCCCCUCGCUGCUGCCAGAGAAGCUCUCGAGCGCUGCAACCUCGACCUCGAAGCUGCCCUCGAUUAUCUUCGCACUACUACCUCGGCCAGUGCCGAGAAGAAGGCAGCCAAAGUAUCGGGCAGAGAUACCAAUGAGGGCGUAAUCACCAUAUCUCUACUGGGAGGCAAGAGGGUAGGCAUGGUCCACCUCGGUUGCGAAACAGAUUUUGUGGCUAGGAACGAUGUCUUUUUGAAGACUGCUCGAGGGGUUGCGGAGACGACUGCUUUCUUGGACGUCCCCGGAGAGCACGAAAAACCCAAACUUCUUUCCAACUCGGCCAGUAUCCCCGACCCCAUCCUCGAAUUCCCUACCGAAUCUCUCCUCUCAGCCCCCGUCAUCUCCCUGCCCUCAGAUACCAGUUCUGAUAACAUUACCCCCAUUCCCACAUCAGAACCAACAACAAUAAAACAGAGCCUUCUGUCGUCUCUGUCUCAGACCGGCGAGAAUUUGCGUCUAUUGCGAGCAGUCUCUUUCGCUGCUCCCUUCCCCUCCACCCCCACAGUUAGGUUCGUUCCCGGUGGCUACGCCCACGGUGGAUCUAGCGACAAGGAAGGAAAGGUCGGCGGCGUUGUCGUCCUGGCAGUCACUGGCGCCGAGGCCGACAAGCCGAUUGCCUCUAUCAUUCAUGGCCCAGGCGGCGACGAGCUCGAAAAGUCUCUCGAGUCUUUGGCCCGUACUGUCGCCCGACAGGUCGUUGGCUUCCCCACGAAAGCUAUUGAGCGUGGGGAUCGUGCCGUGGAAGACGAGGAGGUGUUGAUGGAGCAGGCGUUCAUGAUGUUCCAGGGCGAUUCGAGAAGCGUCAAGGAGGUGUUGGCCGAGUGGGGCAAGGAGAGGGGGGUUGUAGUGAAAGUUGUCGGCAUGAGGCGAUGGUCUGUCGGAGACGAGCUUGAGACGAUUGAAGCGUAG